AUGGGUUGGGUGUACAAUCUCAAAACCCCUGAUCCUCACAGCCAGGUCCCCCGUGUCAUUGCCAUCUGCCUGGUUUUCCCCAUCGUCGCCUUUCUCGCCGUUCUUUUGCGGCUGUAUGUGCGCGUCCACACCAAGCGCGCCGGAGGGGUCGAUGACUAUGCCUCGCUGUUCAGUUCCAUUCUGGCCAUUGCGUAUGGCGCGAUAGCCAUUGCGCAAUCGCGAUGGGGUCUUGGACUGGACGCCAAAUACUUUCCCCAGGAAAAUGUCGUGCCGUUCAGCAGGGUUCAAUAUGCCGGCGGCCCCGUCUACACGCUGGCUCUGCUAGGCUUCAAAGUCUCGCUGCUGGCCUCGUACCUCCGCAUCGGCGGGUUCGUCAAGGCCUACCGCAUUGUCAUCGUCGCCGUCAUCGUCGCCUGUGUCUGUAACCAGUUGGCCUUUACCUUCGUGUUGUGCUUUGCCUGUCAUCCGAUAGCCAGGCAGUGGGAUCUGUCCAUCCAGGGCAGCUGCAUCGAUACCGUUGCAUCCUACUACGCACUCGCAGGAACAAGUCUCGCCUUCGACUGCAUCAUCAUCGCCCUCCCCCUCCCCGUCCUCAUAACCCUCCGCCUCCAGCGCCGCCAGAAAGCCGCCCUCGUCGCCGUCUUCGCCCUCGGCUUCUUCGUCACCAUCAUCCAAAUCAUCCGCGUCUUCACCAUCAAGAACCUCAAAACAUAUACAGACAGCCAGCCUAUCGUCCUCUGGUCCGUUAUUGAAAUUAGCCUCGGCGUAAUAAUCUCCUGCAUCCCAACCUACGGCCCCCUCUUCCACUCCCUCAGACUAACCUCCACCCGCCGCCGCCACCCCGACGGAUCCGGAUCUCAAUCCUACCGCCUUGCCUCGCACUCGAAACGCCCCGGCUACCUGCAUGGCUCCGGCUCUCGUCCUUUCGAUAAUAGUCUCCCCGCCACGACAACCAUCAUGUCCACCGCCGUAGAGCGAGACAGGGACAAGGUCUCCUCGGACGGGGACUCGGAGGAGCGGAUCCUGGCGCCGUGUGCGCGUAUAAAUGCGAGUCCGAGUCCAAAUUCGCAUUCGCAUGAGCGGGGAAGUGAAAGCGAGACAACACUGGCGGAGUUGAAGGGGACGGCCGAGAACGGGACGGGGUGCGGGGGGAUCCAUACGAUGACGGAGGUGAGGGUUGAGACUCAUAGUUUGAAGGGCAGCGGGUGGAUUGAGUGA